CAUGAUUGCAAUCAAUUAUGAAAUUUGCCGGGAGAUUCUCACCGAAAACCUGAACUCGUUGCGAAAUUUACUCCUUCCGUCAUCAGUCCCAGUUCUCGACAGGAGUGUAUGGAAAGAAAAAAUCUUAAAUGAAAUUCUAGAUUAGGAUUUUACCACCGACCUAUUCUGUCUGUGUCAACAUUCGCUGUCUCCAUUUCAUUAACAGACUGCCGAAGUCUACGCAAAUUGGAUAAAGAUGGCUUUGAAUGACAGCGUAAAGACGAUGUUAUCUUCAUUUGAUUUAUCCACUUCUCAUCAAGUAAGACUGGAGGAUUCAGCCGUUAACCUUACAGCUCACCACUUAAACACAACAACUUCAACAACUACCAGUACUACAUCUAUUGCCACUUCGGCAAUACUAGCAUUAACUAACUCCACACUUCUUCCACUGAUAUCAAGCACAGUUACUCAUCUUCGUACAUCGACAUUAUUUGAGAAUAUAACAUCAGUACCAGCUUACCUCUGCAGCUCUCCCGCCUAUAAAGAGUUUCCACCGGACUUAUUCACAAAUGAACAGCGAUAUCAUGGUGCUAUGGUUUUGCAUUUUAUUUUGGGUUUAUAUAUGUUUUAUGCAUUAUCAAUCGUAUGCGAUGAAUAUUUUGUGACAUCUCUCGACAAAAUAUGUCAGACUCUUGGAUUUGGAGAAGAUGUUGCUGGUGCCACGUUUAUGGCUGCUGGAAGUUCCGCUCCAGAAUUAUUUACAUCUAUAAUUGGUGUGUUUGUAACAAAAGGAGAUGUUGGAGUCGGGACAAUUGUUGGAUCAGCUGUAUUUAAUAUACUUUUUGUGAUUGGUUUAUGUGGACUUGUAACUGUACAGGCUGUAUCCUUAUCAUGGUGGCCCCUAUGCAGAGAUUCCAUUUACUAUUCUUUUGCUGUUGUCGUUUUAGUUUUGGUUGUACUGGACGGUGUGGUAACCUGGUAUGAAUCUAUAAUAAUGCUAAUACUGUAUGCUGUUUACAUCAUUUUAAUGAGAUUCAAUACAGUAGUUCAAUCUUAUGUGUCUUCAAAGCUUCGACGUGGUGAAAGUACUGAGCUGCUUCACACUGGUGGAACAGCAAUGAAAUCAUUAGGGAAAGGAUUCGGAGAUUAUGAAAUGUUCAAUAAUGAUGAAGAGGAUGUUUACUCCAGAGAUUCUGCCCCAGCACAACCACCGGUAGCUACAAAGCCACCAGAACAAUUACCUGUCGAUGAAUAUCUGGUCAAAUACUAUAUACCAUAUGGAUUCUAUGGCUUUAUCUUCCGACUACUCAUGAUGAAUAAAUUUCCUGUAAGAACCCGAUUUAUCUCUGCUGUACGAUUGGUCAUUAUAUAUCGCCGAAAAAUGAAUGUCAUUUUGGCAGCCCAACGAAGGCAAGGCUUCAAGUCUGCUGCUCAGCAACCUAGUGUAACAUCAUAUUCGAAAACUCCUCGCAGUUGGGUUACAACAUAUGAUAUAGAACAAGUGGAGAAAUGGAAAACUAUGCCAUCUAUCAGUACUGAUGGAAUUUUGGCAAUAGUAAAAUGGGUCAUAUCUUACCCAAUCCAGUUUGCAUUAUACUACACCAUCCCAGAUUGCAGGAAACCAAGGUUUCAACAAUAUUUCAUUGCAACCUUCCUUACUUCUAUACUAUGGAUUGCUAUUUUCUCUUAUCUAAUGGUUUGGAUGGUCACCUUGAUGGGAUUCACAUUGAAAAUUCCUGACAGUGUAAUGGGUAUCACAUUUUUGGCUGCCGGCACAAGCAUUCCUGAUGCUAUGGCAAGUGUCUAUGUUGUUAAACAAGGAAUGGGUGAUAUGGCUGUGUCGAAUUCUAUUGGAAGCAAUGUGUUUGAUAUUCUUUUGGGACUUGCUCUCCCUUGGUUCAUCCAAACAGCUCUUGUUGAACCAGGAUCUUAUGUGCAUAUUAACAGUAACGGGAUGGUCUACUCAAUUUUAUUGCUGUUUGUUACAGUGAUUGCAACCGUUGGUGCUAUCAGAAAAGCCGGCUGGUAUCUUAACCGCUACGUUGGGAUCGCUUGUCUUGUUACCUAUGCUGUCUACUUAGUCUUGUCAGUUAUGAUUGAAUGCAAUGUCCUCGGCUUUGUUAACCUCCCUAUGUGCACUGAGUGAAUGACACACCACUGACAACAAAUCAAUGCCUAACACUGAUUAUCGGCCUUCACUGCCUCUCAUUUUCUUUUUUAUUUGCAUUCAUUGCCAACAUUAUUGCAGGAAUGGUCGUUAGUUAUCUUUAAAACAUUAACAUCCAUUCUCUGUAAAUAUAGAACCACCAUUUGUUAAUUGAAUGCAAUUUUAAUGCAAUGAGGACAAACAUCCAAACGGCAUUAGAACUUUUUAUUGCCGCAGAACUGAAAUACUGUACCGGAAGUGCCGACAUAUUCUAAAGAACAAUUUUUUCCUAAUUUUGGGAAACACAUCGUUAGAAUACUCAUGAGCAAAAUAUCUUUAAAACGUAGUUAUUAAAAUUUCAACCCUUUCUAUUACAACAAAUUUUUUUACUACUACUACUACUACUACUACUACUAAUACUACAGACUCUACUACUAUAAAUACUACUAAAAAUACACUACCACCACCACCACCAGAUCUACUACUGCAAAUGCUGUUGCCAUCAUCUGUUACUGGAUAUUAAUAUCCUACACAUUUUCAUUCUGAUGGCCAGUAGGAUCUCUCAUCAUCACUGUCAUCACAUUUAUUUAUUUAUUUAUUUAUUUAUUUAUUAUUUAAUUCAGUCAGAUAUGUUUUGAUAUAUUCCUUAACUCCAUUUUCUUUUCUCGAAAAUAUUAGUCCCUGGUUAACUCAAACAAUUGCUGUAACAUUAUUUUGCCAGAAUCUCUCAAGGUUAGUUAAUAUUAACAGCUAUAAUGAUAAUAAUAAUAAUAAUAAUAAUAAUAAUAAUAAUAAUAAUAAUAAUAAUAAUAAUAAUAAUAAUAAUAAUAGUAAAAAAGAAUUAAGGAAAAGUGGAGAUGAAGUAAGACUAAGCUGUUAAAUGAUUAUUAUUAUUGAUGUCCACAAUAUUCAAUUUUGUCUUUAAUAAAAGCUAUACUUUUACUUGUAUGUAAUUACUUGUAUGUAAUUACACACGCACAUGCACACACACACACACACACUUAUAUAUAAAAACAAAUAAAACAGAGGCAAAGAGUUUUAAUAUUUCCAUAGAGGUUACAGCUGUUUCAUAAUCCACUCAGAAUUAAAUCCUUAAUUACGUUGGGAUUUAGCUAUUUUGUGACCUUAUAGCUGGGUCUUCAGCUAAAGUCAUUUUGUUUUUUGUUUUUUUAAAUUUUUAUUUUACAUUUAAAAUAUCUAUUGUUGAAACCUUAACUAUGCUCUAGUUUUAAAUUUUAUAUCAAAGACUUCUAAAAAUAACGUGUUUAUUGCAGUACAUUCCCUUUGGAACAGUACUUUUCUAAGGAUCUCUUCAUGUUUCAAGACCUUCUCUAAAUUUUCUAUCUGAAAUAAUUGUAGAGGCAAUUGUUAUUGCUGUUUAAAAUUUUACAUUAGAAACAUUGAAAAUUUUGUUGUCUGUCUGCUUCCCUCAUUUCUUAUUAUCAAAUUUCAAAUGUCCCAACCGUUGAUAUAAAAUUUCUUACAGAAAUAAAUAAAUAGAUAAAUAAAUUAAUUAAUUAAUAAUAAUGAUGAUGAUGAUAAUAAUAAUAAUAAUAAUAAUAAUAAUAAUAAUAAUAAUAAUAAUAAUCCAAGAUUAUUUAAAAAAUAAUUCUGAGAAGGUCUUGAAAUAAGAAUGAACUUUGAAUAAUAUACGAUUCCAAUGAAAUAUAAGGGAUCAUGAAAGAAAUGUGAUAAAUUCUUUUUUUAAAACAUAAAAAAUGGAGCUUAGUCUUGCUUGAAUAACAGACAUAUACAUACACAUAUUUAUAUACAUAAAUACAUUGUAUUUGAUACAUCUUUAUGGGCUAUUUCUAAUAAAUGAAACACAUGAGCUAUGCCUAUCCACUAAUUAAUUUAUUCCCUAAUUUUAUCAAACUCGUCAAAGUGAUAUACUUUGCUUUCUUGGUACUCUUGUUUCGCUGAAGCAUGGUAUCACGGUAGGGUAUCAAGUAGGAUCUCAAGGAACAGUAGAUAAGGUUUUAAUGCAAUUAAUUCUAGAAGAAAUUGAUUAGUCAAUUGCUAUGGCUCUUGUGUUUUUAUUUAUAAAUCAACAAUAUAACUGUACCAAAAUACAGUGUGUAUAUGUCAACAUAUAUGUAUGUUGUUUAUGUGUGUGUGUGUGUGUGUGUGUGUGUGUGUGGUGUGUGUGAGUGUGUGUUUGUGUGUGUGUGUGUGUGUGUGUGUGUGUGGUGGUGGUAGUGGUGACUUAAUGCCAAUUAAUGAUAUUUGAAUACUACUGAAUCAAACUCAAACACCUAAAAUUCUACUAAAUUUAAUUUAUUGUCCUUUUGUUGAAAAAUUGCUCAACAAAAGCAAUGAAGCUUGUUAUUUGGAAAUCCAAAAUUCCAUCUUUUUUUCUUAUCCAAAAAUAUGUGAGCAUGCUGCUGUAUUUCAACCAUUUUUGCUGACGUGCUUACCAUGUAAAUAAACAAACCAAUAUAUCUCCUUUUUU